AUGUCAGCCGAUUCCGAUCCAGUCACUGUGGGCGUGUUGUCCUUGGGCGACAUGGGCGCCGGGAUCGCGAGGUUGCUCAAGGCGCGGGGCUUCCUUGUCGCGACGAAUUGCCAGGGCAGGAGCCAAGACACAGUUGACAGGGCAAAGGAUGCCGGUAUUGAAACACUGUCCUCGGACCUAGACCUCGUUCAGCGCUGCGCCGUCAUCUUGUCGGUCCUCCCUCCGAGAGAUGCAGAGGCCACCGCCCAACGGGUCGCCGAUGCGCUCUCAGGUCAGCAUCGCAAGGAGCCUCUCUACUUUGUCGACCUCAACGCGGUCUCGCCCUCGACUUGCAAGGGCAUAGCCGCAAUGUUCCAAAAGGCCCAGGUCCCGGUCCGCUUUAUCGACGGAUGCAUCCUCGGCGGCCCGCCGCGGCUCCGGGCAAGCAAUGGCGGUGCCCCGGACUCCCUUCAGAACAAGGACUCGGAUCCCGAGUGGCGGCGUCCGGACAUCCCCAUCUCAGGGCCCGACUCGCUGUCUUCGCUAGGCCCAGAAGGCGACCGGCUCGCCUCGGUCCUCAACUUCCGUUCUAUCUCGCCCGACAUCGGCGCCGCGAGCGGGCUCAAGAUGUGCUUCGCCUCCAUCGCCAAGGGCUUCACCGCGCUCGUCACGCAGUCCUUCACUACCGCGGAGCGCCUCGGCGUCGCCGGCGAGCUGAAGCACGAGCUGGCGGACAUUCUUCCCAACCACCUGGCCACGGCGGAGCGGAGCGUGCCCGACAUGCCGCCCAAGGCGUACAGGUGGGUGCGCGAGAUGGAGGAGAUUGCGGACACGAUGCACGAGGAGGGCGGGUGGAGCAGGGACCUGUUUCGAGGCGUGGCGGGCGUGUACAAGGCUGUUGCGGACGACGAGGUGCUUGGCAAGGAGAAGAUUGGCAAGAGAAGCAGGGGCACGAGCUUGGAGGAUGUUGCAACGGCCAUGGCUGAGGGUCUUGAACGCAAGAGGAAGAAGACUGAGUAG